AGUCGCCAAGCCUUCUUAAAUGGUCCUGGCUGCUGUGCUCUGUGUCCCUCAGUUGGAUUCUGUGAGGCAUGCUCAGGCAAGCUUCAAAGUUGCGACAUGGAUGCAUUGACCUAUGAUGAUGUACAUGUGAACUUCACUCGAGAAGAAUGGGCUUUGCUGGAUCCUUCACAGAAGAGUCUCUACAAAGAUGUGAUGCAGGAGACCUACAGGAACCUCACUGCUAUAGGUUACAAUUGGGAAGACCAUAGUAUUGAAGAACAUUGUCAAAGUUUCAGAAGACAUGGAAGGUAAUUUUCAUGUG